AUGGAAAUGUUUAGAGAAGGAGGCUCCACCUCGAGACCUGUGAUGCUGGAAGGAGCCAAUUAUCCAUACUGGAAAACCAAGAUGCGUGCUUUCUUGAGAGCUGUAGAUGAAAGAGUUUGGAUGUCCAUAGAAGAAGGGUGGUGGAAACCAAUGAUGAUGGAGAAUGAAAUCGUCAUACCCAAACCCAUGAGUCAAUGGACCACUGUUGAAAUGGAAAUAGCGAAUUUCAACUCAAAGGCUCUUCAUGCCUUGUUUAAUGCUGUCUCCACUAACCAGUUGAAGGUUAUAGCCAAUUGUGAAAUUGCUAAGGAAGCAUGGGAGAAGCUAAAGAUUAAGAACGAGGGAACUGAUGCUGUGAAGAAAUCAAGGCUGCGUGCCUUGGCAAAGGCUUUCGAAAAUCUUACCAUGGAGGAGGAUGAGUCUGUGGCUGAAUUCCAUGCAAAACUUUGUGACAUCUCUAAUGAAUCAUAUGCUCUGGGGAAAACUUACUCUAACUCGAAACUGGUUCGAAAGGUGCUUGGUGUCCUCCCCAGAAGAUUCAUGUCCAAAGUUACCUCUAUCGAAGAAAUGAGAAACAUUGAGGAACUCGAUCUUGACGAACUCAUCGGGUCAUUACAAAACUAUGAGCUAUCACUGUCUAGGUGGAAGAAAACCAAGAAACAAAAGGAGGUGGUGAAAGAAAAGUCAGAUGCUGGCAUUGCACUUAUUCACCAAGAAAACAAGAAACCUGUUCUGGAAGACUUGAAUGGCAUUACAGAUGAAACAGUUGCCUUGUUAACAAGAAACUAUGCAAAGUUCUUGAAAAAGAACUACAGGAAAAAUUCACCAGCUGACAAAGAAAAUCUUCUCAAGAGAAACAAAGGAGCUGAGUGUGCCAACACACUAAAAAAGAAAAAGGCCCUUGCAGCAACUUGGAGUGAUAGUGAUGAGGAAAAGAACUCCACAGCCAGUGAAGGAUCAGAUGAGGAAAAGCAGGUACUGGCAUUCAUGGCCCAAAGCUGUAAUCUAGUUGAAUCUGAAGAUGAUGCAGUCUCCACCUCAUCAGAAGCAGACAGCACAGGUCUUCAACAUGCUUAUGAAGAAAUGUUUUCACAAUGGGAGUACAUGACUAAACAGAUCCGUGCCCUAAAGAACUCCCUAGAGCAAGUGGAGACUGAAAAAGGAAAGUUAGAAGACUCUGUCAAAAAUCUCAACCGACUUCUUGAUGAAAAGGAGAAUGAGAUCUACAAACUCACAGCUGAUCUAAUCCGAACCAAGCAAGCUUUACAGUUCAUUCCCCAGAGCCUUCUUGCUAUCAAUCAAACCCUACAGCUUCAGAAGCCCUAUGGUGAUCGAACUUCAUUAGGAUAUAAGAUGCUAUAUAAGCAAGGGAAUGACCUGUCUGUUUAG